UAUAAUUAAAAGAACAAGUUUUAAUUAUAAAACCUAAAUAAGAAUUCUAUUAUAUUUGUUUUACUUGUGCUCACCAAAACUUGAGACUAUUCAGUGAAAAAAGUCCUACAUUGCUUAGAUUUCUGAUUCUUUUCUUACAACAUCCUAAACUAUUUGCUUCAAAACUUGAGACGAAAAUGAUUUUUAUCUAUGAUAAUUCAUAUUUCUAACCCUAAAGAGUUUUUAUUAUCGCAGUAAACAAUGUCUAGAGAACCUGAAGAUAUUUUUUUUCAUCCUUCCAACUCCAAUGAUGAAAUAGAAACGAAUGAUCAAGACAAUGAUGAUUCGUCUACACGUAUAAUACUGGUAUGUUUCUUAUGCUUUCGACAAUAUGAUUUAGAAGAAGACUUGCGUGGUCAUAUGAUUGAGUAUCACAAAUAUAAACUCACCGAUGAGCCUUCCCGGGAAAUACCUGAAGUAGAAACUAAAGAGACCACAGAGGAAAUAGUGCAAGUUGAAUUAGUUCCAUCCCCAAAAGUAGAGCAACAAAAUGAGGUAGUGAAACAUGUCAUGGAAUCCGAAAUGAAACCUGUGCCAUUUAAAGAUUUUCGUUUAAUUCUAAGAAGUAACAUGUCCUUGAAAUGCACCAAAUAUACCAAUUGUAUAUACAAGUUUGAAACACCAGAGAAACUGCAACAACACAUGGAUUGUCAUGCCACUAGUAAGUCAUCAUUCCAGUGUUUAGUUUGUUCUGUGGGACUAAAUAAUUGGAGACGUUGUUCGGCUCAUUUGUGGAAAAUGCAUCAAUUGGAUGUGGAUUUAUUGAAAUGUCCCAUAUGUGGGUUUAAAUCGCAUGCUUCGGCUCUAGUAUGGCGCCAUAUGAGAGUACAUAAAAAGUGGCGUCCGCGUGUUUUGCGUUCUUUGAAGGCUGUAAAAAAACGACGUUUAGAAGCUUUAAAGCAAAACGAACAGCCUAUAGAGCCACCAACUCCCAAAGUGUCAACACCCAGAAAAAACAAAUACUAUUCCGAAAAGACGUGUGAGAUUUGCGAACGUAAAUUUGUAAAUGGCAAAACAUUGUCGAAGCACAUUAAAACAGUGCACAAUAAAAUCAAACCAUUCAAUUGCAAUGUCUGUGGCAAGAAAACCGCCAGAAAAGCCAGUUUAAUAAUUCACAUGCGUCAACAUACCGGUGAGAAACCUUUAUCGUGUAAAUCAUGUAAAUUUUCCACCCGUGAUCCCAGUGUCUUGCACAAGCAUCAAAUGCGUCAUGAACUUGCUGGAAAAUUGAAAUGUGCUUUGUGUGAUUACACCUGUAUUCAGACGAAUGCCCUUAAACGUCAUAUACGUUUAAAUCAUACAGAAUAUUACAAGCAAAUAUCUUGUGAUUUAUGUAGUUUUGUUACCAUCACCGUGAACAAGUUAAAGGCUCACAAGGAAGAUCAUCGCAAAGGUUUAAUCAAUGCUAACAGUGAAGAUUCAAUGCCGGCCAGAAAGAUGGUGAAAAAUAAUGAGGUUUCCACCGACUGUUUCUUACCUUUGGAAAGCAUUGAUUCACUGCCCCACGAGCCGGCUGUUGACACUGGAGGCGUUACCAUACCCGCUCCCUCGGAGGACUCACAAUUUCCCACCUAUUUAAAUAAUUAAAAACACCAGACAACAGAUUUUAUUUUUCUUCAUUUUUUACUAUUUAUUUCUUUUUGUUUUAAUUGAUUUUAUGAUAUGAUUUGCAACGCAAUAUUAU